AUGGCACCUUUCAAGUUUGGCAAGAAGAAUGCCAAGGAAAAAAUAAUGGCUUCCCAGGUUUCCAACCAGAAGAUGGUAUCUACCAAUGUUGGAAAGGACAGUGGUGAACGUCAGAAAAUAGCUACGAAUUUGAGUAAUAAGUUUAAUGGAGGGAAAAAUGGUACGGUUGUAGGUAAUGGUAAUGGUGUUGGGAUAGUUCGAAAUGGCCAGGCGGCUGUCGGAGGUCGGUAUGUGAUUCCAAACGCGCAGGAGGGGCCUACACAGGAAUAUCAAGGGAGUAAUGUGCACUAUAAGGAGACGCAGCGGCAGCCACAACAGCAGCUACCACAACAACAACAGCAGCAGCAGCCAGCGGUUGGUGUAAUUUCGUCAGCGGUGAAUAACGCGAACUACCAGCCCGUACAACAGGGUCAAAUGCAAAAACAGCCUUUUGUUGCGAUUGCGGGGAACGAGGAGAAGGACGAAACCCCUUGGAACCGUGUGAAGCUUUUACAGUCGCCAUUUCCUAGAUACCGGCACGUUGCAAGUUCGUAUGCGUCCGACUCGAACGAAGUAUUUGUUAUUGGCGGGCUACACGACCAGAGUGUUUAUGGUGAUACUUGGAUUAUCAAGUCACACGAAAAUGGGAAUAAGUUCACAUCGAAGACUGUGGAAAUUACAGAGACAACCCCUCCUCCCAGAGUAGGGCAUGCUUCAACUCUAUGCGGCAAUGCGUUUGUAAUUUUCGGUGGUGACACGCACAAAACCAACGCCGAGGGGUUGAUGGAUGAUGAUGUCUACUUGUUGAACAUCAAUUCGCAUAAAUGGACAAUCCCUAGGCCUGUUGGCCCACGGCCUCUGGGUAGGUAUGGUCAUAAGAUCAGUAUUAUUGCUACCAGUCAGAUGAAAACUAAGCUAUAUGUGUUUGGUGGUCAAUUUGAUGACACUUAUUUCAAUGAUUUGGCGGUGUACGACUUGUCUAGUUUCCGUAGACCGGACUCUCAUUGGCAGUUCUUAAAGCCUGUUAGCUUUGUUCCUCCGCCGCUAACGAAUCAUACAAUGGUGUCUUAUGACUACAAAUUAUGGGUCUUUGGUGGCGAUACUCCACAAGGGUUGAUCAAUGAGUUGUUUAUGUACGACCCAACUACAAACGACUGGUCUGUCGUAGACACAACAGGUGUGAAGCCACCACCUUUGCAGGAGCAUGCAGCCCUGCUAUAUAAAGACUUGAUGUGUAUUGUGGGAGGGAAGGAUGAUCAGGACAAUUAUUCACAGGAAGUCUACUUUUUGAAUCUCAAGUCUUUCAGGUGGUUCAAAUUGCCUCACUUUCGGAGCCUGGUACCAUCCCCUCGUUCUGGUCAUUCUGUCACCUUAUUGUCAAACAAGAAGCUACUAAUUAUGGGUGGUGACAAAUUUGACUAUGCUGGGCCUGGCGAAGGUGAGUUUUCGACAGCGGAUCAAGACCUUGGGGAAGGAACUAUUCUGUAUACGUUGGACUUAACAAACCUCGAAGACUAUUGUCCAAAUGUGUUUGAUACAUUGGUAAGCUCUCCACCACAGAGAACUUCUAGCCAAUCCACGUCUGUUUCGACAAGGACGACUAACAAUUCUGUGACCACACCAAUGUUGCCUAGUUCGGCUUUCACACCUUCCACUUCACCUUCACAGUCUCGCCAAAACCCUCAUAUGAACAUUUUGUCUCCAGGCAGGGAUGAUCCACAGACAGCUAAAGGUAUUGAUGGACAGACUCAAUUUUACGACCAGCAACAAGCUGCCUCGGCCAAAACUCCGCAACAGAAACAACAGCAGAAAAUCAACCAAUAUUCACAAGUCGAUCAACAAGGGAAGCAAGGCGUGCAGAUAAAUAAGCACAACAAAAUUCAAAAUUCCAAACAGUCUCAGCCAGUUCAGGAACAGCGCACUCAACAAUCAAAAUAUGAUCGCACAAAUAAUCAUUCUAUCUCGUCCUCAGGAGGCACACAACAGAACCCAAGAUCUCCACUUACUGCUGUUUCGGAGAAUAGUGACGAUGAAGUAAACUUUUCUUCUAUUACCUACUCUCAAGGUCACGAAAAGACAAAUAAGCGUCUCAGCUUCUUUGGGGAAGAAUAUGAUGAUGGCGAACUAGGUAUUGGUAUCGUGGGUAAUUCUCCUGCGAGAGACGACGUUCGUAAACAAUCGGUCAGUACCAAUAAUAUGUCCGGUCGUAAUAAUGGAACACCUCGUAAGGAUUCGAACAAUUUCACUUUGGAAUUACCAGGUAGCUUUACUCCUAGUUCGAAAGAUAAUGCUACCCGCUCUCCUAAAGACGUGCGACACCUUUAUGAUGAUGGUAUGCCAGGACCAUUCACACCGGAAUCUCCUAGAGGGCAACUUACUGGUGCUCUAGAAGAGGAAUUAGACUUUUCUGAUGGCACGCCGAUUGUUCAGCCUUCUCAUAACGUUGAAACUUCUCGUAACGUUAAAGGUGCUUUGAACGGUAAUAUCAGAAGUCCUUCGCAAUCUGUUGAGCGCAAUUCCGACAGGCCUGAUGUUAGUAGAGAAUCCGCUAAAAGCGUCUCUAACGGAAAGGUUAAGGAGAAAAUUGGUGAGCUGACUGGCGUUGAAAAAUCCAACAUGACCCCUAAGUCGACAACCAAAGAUUCGCCAAACAGUAGAGAAAUGCAAAGGAUCGUUUCUCCCAAGUCUGCGCAGAAACAAGCUCCACGAACAUUUGCUUCACCAAGUUUGUCCCAUCAUCAGCCCUCAGGAGGUGGCCCUUUAAACUUUCCUUCGAGAGUUGCAUCAUCUGUAGGAGCCCCCAAGUUAUCACAAAAGGAUUCGUCGACACCUCAUGGCUCUCAACCCUCCCAAAAAGAGCAGCCUGAAGUAGCUACCACACCCAAGUUGGCAAUACGUAGAGAUGUAUCCCAAGGUUCUAAUAAGGCAUCCGUAAAAGACGGUGAAAACCACGAGCAAAAUGGAACAGCAGAAUAUGCAUCAGCCUAUGUACCAAGCAAGAACGAAGAAGUUCGCAGAACUGCCAGUGCUUCCAAUGAGUUUGUGAUGCAGCUUCUUGAGGAGUUGCAGGAGUUAAAAGCUCAGACAGAAAAGAGUGCUAGUGAAGCAAGCGAUCGUAUCCGUACCUUAGAAAUCGAGAACUCGAAGUUGAAGGCUUCUCAAAAUUCUUCCGGUAGUAGAAGUAUCUCUGGGGCUACUGCUGAUGCUGGUACUACUGCUUCAAGGUUUCAAACUAACUUAGAAUUACUGAAGGCCGAUAAAUCUGUUUAUGCAGAACGUGUUGACGAACUGGAACACAUUCUGGAGAGCAAUAUAUUGGAUGCUGAGCGCCUAAACAAGAUAAUUGAAUCACAAUCUCAGAUGAUCGACAAUUUUGGUGAUGAAGAACGCAGCCGUUUGGGCAAGUACGAUGAAUUAGAGAAACAGUUUGAAAGUUUAAAGGUCGAACAUGAGAAGCUAAAGGCUCAGGAUAGACAAUCGUUGAAUGAGGUACAUGUAGAUAUUAAAUCACACACCCAGAGAAUGAAUGAGGUAUUGUCCCAUUUGAAAUCUCAACAAGGAGACGAUAAAUCAAUGGACCAUGGGUUCGAUGGUGUAAGGGGGUUGGAAAAACAUCAGUUAAUCAUCGACAAGCUUUCCAAACAAGUUGAGGAUGUUCAGAAGGAAAAUAUGGAGAUCACUACUCUGCACGAGGAGCUACUCCAUAACUACGAAAGUCUCCAGAAAGAUUACGAUUCCAUUAGCGCAGAGUUAUUAACCAAACAAAACGAGAUUAACUAUCUUGAGAAGAACUACAAAUCUAGUUUAAGUUCCGUUACUAAUUCAAGUAAGGCUCUCCAACUCUCCCAACACGAGCUCGAAAAGUUGAAGCAAGAAAACGUCAAACUCAGGGAACAGAUCGAAGACUUUACUCUUUCCCCUUCAACAGAGCGCGGUAACUAUAACCACUCCAAGUCGGAUGACCCACCAAUGUCUUCCUUCAAUAACGCUCACUACGAUCUUAGAAUCAAGGAUUUAAAGGCUGAACUUUACAUCACGAGCCAGGAACGUGAUUCCCUCAAGGACGAAUUGUUGCAACUAAAAAAAAGACUCAUUACUAUGGAAGAUUAA